GAGCGAACAAUGAAUUAAUAGUGGACGGAUGCUCAAUGGAUGUAGAGCGUAUAUAUGAAACACGAUCGUAUGCAACGGAUGCAUCACGUUUUCCAACGGAUAGCAAGGUUUUUUUCCGUUUUACAUACUCUCUACAUCCGUAAUAAGUGCAGUGGGACCAAACCUUUAUCGGAAUACCUAACUCUGCUUGUAGCGGCGGGGUCCACUGUCGUACUACGAUCGUCUUUCUUUACGGAAUACAUGAAUGAAUCCUUCAAGUAUCGACUAAACUUCACUCCGAGCAUGCUCCGAGACGCGGCCGAUUGACUAAUCACGUCCGCGAGUCUUUACGUCAUUAAACCAUGAAUUGACAUCUAUCCAACCGCUUCACCGCAAAGAGGUGGUGGGAAAUACCCGGAUGAUUAUUUGCAUAAUAAGUUCUCAUUUUGUAUAUAGACUGAUGAUGACUGAAUCCUGGAUGUCUACGUGCGUUUCAUCACGAUUAAAACCCGGCUGGUGGUUAAUAUUAAACGCCGGCCGGCCGGCGAAAGUCCAAAAUGCACUUCACAAGUUUUAGAAACAAGUCGUUGUGAACAUUAACAAAAUACAUUUUCGUCGAUUCAAAAAUUGGUGUCGUUGAUUUUUAAAAUCUACACGUGGAAGUGAGACAGAAAUAUAGGAUUGUUUAUAUACUUGGAAUUUCCAUUUUAGGCCUGCAGUAAAAAUCCUAAACAGUCAAGAUGGGUCACGGUAUCGGCGGUUACGGAAUCAUUAUGAGGCUGAAAGGAAUGGCAAACUACGAGUUGAUGCCAGUUGUAGUCAUUGUUGGUGCAGUCUGCGGGAUGGCAGGGGCCUUCUCAACAUAUUCCUUAUUCAAAAAGACUGAUGUAGCGUUAUUCAAGAAGUCAACCCCACAUCCAUGGGUUAACGUACAGGAGACACAAAAACAAAAGUUCCUGACCUACGGGCUAGAAUACAAGGCAAAGCCAGCAAUCGAACAACUACAGAGAGAAGUAGGAAGCCGAAAGUAAGAAGAAAAGCAGAAGAUAUCCAUCUCUAUAACUUCAACUCUUCAAGUUUUAUAUGCACAAGAAACACAUCAUGACAAAGGCACAACUGUUAUCCAUGAACACCCAGGCCCAUGGCCGUCAGCACAGAUAAAAGAUUAUCUUUUGUUCCUUUUUGUUGCGUACCCCCCCCCAAAAAAAAAGCGAAUUCUCUGCGCUGACACCCAUGUCCAGGCUCGUAUUCUGUAAUUGGGUUUGAUUUAAACUCUGGGUCCUGUAACACAACGGUUAGCGAUUAAUCGUAUUUUCAUGAUUGAUUGUACAUUGCAAUCAAUCAUAGAAAAGCUUCGUGUUACGGGCCCCUGGUCUAAACUUGUGGUUUGACUAUGGACAGCCAACUGUGACACUAAUCUGUAUUAAACAGAAGAAGUUCAAUUUGUUAGCACUUUUGCGGCUCAAUUCAUUCAAAACUGUCUAGGAAUGAUAACAAAGAAGUAGCAAGUGAGCAAGAUAACUAACCGACAAUGUUAACACCAUUCCUACAUUUAUGGCUUUUCAUAAUUUUAGCACAGAGUUGGGCCGUGGUCUUGAUUCAAAUUUGACAUCAGAAUACAAGCCUCAGGGUCUUGUUGCAUAGAAUCAUAUAGUAAAUUAACUACCAUGGUAACAGGGCUCAGCAGCUGGUCAAAAAGAAAAUCAAGACUUCCAUGGUAGUUACCAUAAUCUUAGGGGCUUUUAGACUGUAUGUCAACAUCGUGCAAUUUUCGGCUACGUAACAAUGCUACUUUGAGGCAUUGCGCAAGCAUCAUGCCCUCUCUCUCUUGUCCACUAUAAAAAUUGAGACCAUGCAAUCUCCGAUUCUCCCAUCAAACUCAAUCUACGACUCGCUUUUUGUCACAUCUGCAAAGUCGUCAUACUAUGCCGUACGCGUGAAGUCAAGACCUUAUUUCAAGUAAAAAAAUGUUGAAAGAGGCUUACACAGUGACUCGACCAGAUUGAGUUGCAUGAUUGGUGGAUAUAGACAUUGUUCUCAUCCAGUCAAAAAAAAACCUUUGUAAGUUUCCAUGCAACAUGACUCUGAGAAGACCUGACAUUUAAUAAUUGCAUCAUUCAUAAUACAUGUCUUAGUACACAUCACUGGUUAUCGAGGAUUGUGCUACCGUCAUACCAACGAAACUGACUCUAAACCAACCAUAGGUGUAUCAUGGGAAAUAAGAGCUGUUAAUGAUUAAAUAGAAUUGAUCUGUCUUUUAACGGGGUUUCACCAGUAUGACUGUUAAGAAUGUUUGAAUUCAAUUCAUAAAAUCUGUAAAAUAGAGUACAGUACUAGUAUUAAUUCCAUAAUGAUGUAAAUUGACAAAUAUUAUAAAGAAAUACACGAAAAUCAUGAAUCAUUAUAUAUAUUUCAUGUAUAUGUCUAGAAGCAAACAAAUUAUCUAUUAAAUACAUAUGAGGAUAAUUGAUUAUCUUUUUUUUCAAAAGAAAACCUGAUUUCUAUAUAUGAUUACCAGAAAUAAAUACUUUCUCUACUGUGAACUUGAUGCCGCUUUAAAAAUGACGAAGUCAUAUUUUGUUGCAGGCUUAUAUCUAGUGCUAAUUCACAAUAUUUUUGUUCAUCUACUUAAUAUUGCUAAGUAUAUGCAGUAAGCAAUUAUGUGACAUUAUUAAAUUAAAUGUUAAAUUAUUUUUCAAUAGAAAAAUGUAGAUCAUCUCAAGAAACAUUGAGUCUAAAAUGUACAACUGUUGAAAAUACAUGUAAAAUGAAAUAUAUACAGUGCUACUUGCCAAAGUAAAAGUAUAUAUGAAAUUUUAUUAUAUCUAUAUGGGACCUUAUUUGUGAUCAGGAAAUUGUAUAUAACAUUUAAAUUUGUAAAUGUAUUUUUUUUUGCAAUAAGUGCUGUGCAGUGUUUUGAAGUUAUAUGUAACUUAUGAUAGCAUUAGUAAUUUAUGAAAUGUACCUUUAAUGAAAAUGGAAAUCUGUCUACAGAAUCUCAUUCUAUUAUUUGGUGAAAAUCAAAGUUCAAUCUUGUCUCCAAGAAAAAGAGCAUUGGGUGAAGUACAAUUGUCAACCUCUGGAGAUAUAGAAAAAAGAGCAGGAAAAAAUGAAGGUUGAAUCAUGUAGAAAAUGAAAGCAUGAAAGCAAAUAUUUUUUUAUAAAAAUUGAAAAAUUCCAAACCAUUUUGAGAAUCAUGUAUUGACAAUUUGGUAUCAUACAUUGCCAUGGAAACAAUGACAAACAGCAGUAUGAAUGGAACAAAAUAAUCUGGUAUUUUUGUUUGAAAAAUAUCAAUCCUGUAGAGUUUGCAUAGAUUGUCAUGAUCAAAACAUGAAUAUGUAGAAUGACAGUAUUUUCAUAUUCAAUUUAUUAUUUGGAUUAUGAGUACACCAUUGGUCAAGUCUCCAUGUCCAAAAUUUAUAUUUAUGUUCCACAUCCCACCAAACUACUCUCCACCAGUAAUGAUGCAUGUAAGAUGUCUGUUUUGUUAUAUCACGUUGCAAAUUGCAAAAACAUUUUGUAUGGUUACAACAUAAAAUUGUCCUUCAUGUAGUGGGUUUUGACAAAGGAUUGUACAGUACUCUGUUGAAAUAUUCCCCCACAACAGCAUAAACUGCUAA